ACUGUUGUUGGUGUUAGGGUGAUGUCAAGUUUUUUUUUUUAAAUUGAUGCCGUCAUCAGCAAUGAUUUUGACGAUACUGUUGACCGUCUUCAUCCAUCUUUGUCGCUCCAGCAGCGGACUGACCAACUUGUUCAACUACUCCGGCAGUAACAAUGCGGACACGAUAUACGGCUGGACAUGUCUGACCUACACUGAGUACGUGCCAACUUGCGGAUGGAAGCUGAUCCUUUAUUCUUCACACCCACUCACAGGCAUGGCAGGUGGCGCUGAGUUCUAUACGUAUACUCAAGUGGACAGCUAUACCUUUCAUUUGAACGCUGUGUCCAAGUACGCUGACCUGACCAACAUGAGGCCAAACUGUCCAGAUAUUCAAGUCAUUGGAAGCUUUGGGUCAAGUAUUCCAAGUCUAACUGUGAACUGGUACUGUGUCUGCAAUCAAACAACAAAUUCUAUUUGUCUGGCUGUAGCUGGAACGGCUUUAGAAACAGCUUCAACAACAGCAACAUCCACCUCUAAAACAGCUUCAUACACCAGCAGCGGACUGACCAACUUGUUCAACUACUCCAGCAGUAACAAUGCGGACACGAUCUACGGCUGGACAUGUCUGACCUACACUGAGUACGUGCCUACUUGUGGAUGGAAGCUGAUCCUUUAUUCUUCACACCCACUCACGGGCAUGGCACCAAGCUCUAAGUCUCUACUACGAUUCAAGGUUGACUCGUAA